GGCUACGAAUUGAAUGCUCCGCACCCUCCCCAAAAUGGCCCCAGCCGUCGAACGCAUCACCCUCUUCAAGAUCCCCGACGAGGCGGCCCGGGACCGCGUGCUGGAACAGUACAAGGUCCUUGCUAAGACGGCCGUCAAGGACGGACAGCCAUAUAUCGUCAGCGCGGCCGCGGGGCCUUCGUUCCCCGAUCCUCGCAACAAGGGGUACAAUCUCAGCGUCAAGACGACGUUUGCCUCGCUGGAGGAUAUGAAGUACUAUGAUACCGAGUGUGAGGCGCACAAGGCGUUGAAGGCGGUGGUGGGACCCGUGCGGGAGGAUGUGUUGACGACGUACUUUGAGAGUGUUCUGUGAAGACUUGAAAAGGAUCCAAAGGGGAAGAGGGAUAAAGUGGUCAAUGGGUAUAGACUUUAUGAUCGACAUGAUUUGUGGGAGGUUUUCUUCUCAAUAAAGAGGGGAUAUUUAUCUGAAUAUACUCUGCCCAGACACUCGUGUCUUGGGGUAUGAUAUCCAAUUCAUCAAUCAGUUCCAUGCAUGCAUGC